UAAAAAUAGAAGAACACAAAUUAAAGAAAGAAAAUAAUAUUAAGAGAAAAAAAAUGGCAAGCCAUCCAGAAGUUCCCGGUGAGGCGACUAAGACGAGCACCACCAUGCUCGAGACAGCCACUGCGGCGGUGCAGAAGUUUGGCCCUAUCAACGCCAUCCAUCAGCAUCUUUGCGCCUUCCAUUUCUAUGGACACGACAUGACACGGCAAGUAGAGGCACACCACUUUUGCGGGCACCAAAACGAGGAGAUGCGCCAAUGUUUGAUCUACGACGGUCCUGAAGCUGACGCUCGGCUCAUUGGGCUGGAGUACAUCGUAUCGGAGAACCUGUUCAUGACAUUGCCCGACGCGGAGAAGCGGCUUUGGCACUCCCAUGAGUAUGAAGUUAAGAGUGGGGUGUUGUUCUUACCUGGAGUUCCUGGGCCUAUGCAACGCCAAGACUUGGCUAAGGUGGCUCAAACUUAUGGGAAAACCAUCCAUUUUUGGCAGGUUGAUCGUGGGGAUAAUCUUCCUCUUGGACUUCCUCAAAUUAUGAUGGCACUUACGCGUGAUGGACAACUUUAUAGCCAUCUUUCUAGUGAUGUGGAGAAGAGGUAUAAUGUGAACUUUGAGAAGGAGAAAGAGAAUCGAGCAUACAUGAAAGGGCUAGAGCACGGAAUCCAUCCCUUAGCAAAUGCCGAAGGAAAAGGGCUAAGAACCGAGCUCCGAGAGGUCGACUGUAACCCUGGUGCUGCUGCUCAUGCUCCACCAAGGGUUUUUGUUUAACCAUAUAUAUCAAGCUUGAUCAUAUAAGCCAAGUAUAGAAGUGUGAUCGUAUUAAAAAAAUACGCUACUAAAUUAUCUACCAAAAUAUGUGUGUUGUAUUAGUGUUCUGUAAUUUGCAUACUGUUUUCAUCUCUUGUCAUCAAACAAUUACGUAGACUUCAAUCUUGUCCGUUUGUAUGAUAAUUAACGUGCAUGCAUGUUUGGAAAUUGGAUUUGAGUAAUUAA